UUUUAAAUGUACUGUCCUAUGAUAUCCUAUUUAUCUACUCAGUAAAUUGGGCUCAGUAAGUGAUUCAUUCACUGAACGUUUACCCCACAGUACAUUCAGUGACGAAUUCACACUGAACACGCACUGUUCCCUCGCGAAUUACCCCAAUGAUAGGAUCGAGUCACGCAUUUCUCAGCUGCGGGUUUAAUUCACUACUUGUUAAAUGCUGUGUUCUACUAAAUCUAUUGAAACAACGGUCACCAUCAAAGUGUAUCCCUCAGACAAAAAGGAUUACAGAGAGUGAAGUUCACUGAGUGAUUCGUUCACCAAGUGAUUCAGGCGUCAGCGUGUGCCGUCCCUCACUUGCCAGCUGCUCACCCAGCAAUCCUGUGUGCUGUGGGGCUUUGCUGCUGACAGCUCAUCCGAAAUGAGAAAUGAACAAAUCACUUGACGAAGUGAUUCGGUUCAGUACAGUCACUUAAAAGAUUUGGUUCUUUUGGACGAAUCAUUCAUGAAUGACACAACACUACACUCCUCUGAGGUCUCAGUGCUAAAAACUAAACUAAUGCACCACUUAGAAGACUCAUUUUAUGAUACCAUUAUGGUCAUUCAAAAGCAUCGUCCACGCAGCAGUAACAGGAGAAAACAGACAAGACCUGCUUACUGUGAGAUGUCAGUGUAAACAAAUACACAAAGUUCAUAAGUUGGAGGACUAUUGUGGUCAUUCAAAAGCAUGGUCCAGUAUAAAUUCAUUUUUUAUAAGCCAGACCAUCUUGAUAUCAUAUAAGUGGCCUCCCCUGUUUUUCCAGCCCUGGCUUUGCUUGCUGAGAGGAACAGUAUUAGUGCCAACCACAAAACUGAGGAGCCAGUUAUGAGGGUCUACUUCUCCAGGUUUUUUUUACUCUUAUCAUCAAAAUUACUAUUCAAACUAAACUUUUUUGUUCUUAAUCCAAUUAAGUACUCAUUUGCUUCUUUGGGACCCUGAGAUGUCAGUCCUGAUCAUUACACUUUUCCCUUUGCAUCUUCCUAAACCCAUUUGGACUGUGAACAACUCGUCUGAUACCCUGCCUCAAGUCCACUUCUCUUUCCUUUCACUAACAUCUCUACAUCACCGCUAGAUUCUUGACCAGGCCCUACUUGACGUGUCGGACUCAAAAUAAAAAGUGUCAACAAAUUUCUGGCUCAGGCUCUCUGGCGCUCUUCCAGAUACACAGACAAUCAGCUGUUUUUAGAGACGCUUAGAGCAGCUUAGGAUUAAUUUUUCCAAAUUAGCUUUUGUCUGUCUGAUGCAAUUGUGUUGCAGUUUAUUUCUGGUUUGGUUUAUUUUGUUUUUGUUCUUAUUGUGAAUGCUUUGUGCAGCCCUCUGUGACCUUGCUCUUGUGGAUUUACCAACAGCGUACAUAAAUGCAUUACAGUCAUGAUCAUGUUUUUUAAGAGCUUCUGUUUGGUUUAUUUGUGCUCCAAGUAUCAUACCCACAAUUAUACCUACUGUCCUUAUUUUCAUCCUUCUUUCAUUACCUUCUGAAUUUCUUUAAAUGAGUUUUUAGUUAUUGAUUUGAGGUUGUUUGUACCAUUUUAGAUUUCUAACCUUUAAUUGUUUUUUCUCUUGUUUCUGUCUUUUGAGUAUUUAUCAGAUGAGCUUGGCUAAAUUUUACUCUUAGUACAGAAUUAUCUUCACCCAGUCUCUACGCCCUUAUUUUCUUCAGCUUCAUUCUGACUUGCUUCAAAAAACAAGAACAUGAAGUCUCAUCCUCUGAUACUUUCGGUACCAUUUUUGUCCACAAGAGGGAGCCACGCAGAGAGGUUUCAAGGGCAGAAUUAUGAGGCAAAUUUGAAUAAAGAUUUCACAUAUAAAGAGUGAUAUUUAAUGAUUUAAAUGUGCUGGAUUCAAACUCUUUCAUGUUUCUCUUUCUGCCCUCUGUCGCUUUUCAGAAACAGCUGCACAAAUUCAACCUCAGCCAGAGUUUGCCCUUUGCAUCGCUCUCUAACAUUUGAGGGCAGGAAGUGCUGUGAUCUCAGAUUACAGUUUAUGAGCGUCCGGCGAGCUACUCUGCAGAAAUAAUUAUAUCAGGAUUGAGAGAAAAAAAAAAGAUUAUUCCACUGUUUACGGGACAGAGCGAUGUUUAUAAGAAUACAAAACAAAGACAGACCAGGAUAUCAGUCGAUUCAGGACAUUAUGUUUACAAUAAUCAUCUGGCUCUUAUCUUUAAUCCAGAUAUCAGGCCCAAACAUUGCUGCAGUUGAAUAAAUGAUCCUGAGAGGAGGGAGGAAAGUGAGUAAUGUCAAUCUGGCAAUCCAAACACAGCUUUUCCAGCUGCACAGUGCUGUUAAAAUUCAACACUUGGCCUUAAUUAAUCUGAUUUGACACUCCUCUAAAAGGUCACUGAAUUUAAUGAGAAAGGUCUUCUGUGACUGUGUGACCAAGUAUGAUUUUAAAAUUCACUGCAGACAGGAAAAGACAACUUUAUUUUUGAGGCUCAAAACCAUUUUCAAGAAAAACUUAGGAUAAAAAAAACAGCAGAAUUAUUAUUUAGGCUGCACGUGACAGUAAAAAAGAGGUUAAUAUGGCAAAAAUAUGAGGGGUUGAGGUGAAAAUGACAUUGUGGCUUUUCUAUUUUACCAUAUUGACUUGGUGGUGCUUUGCUCUCAUAUCAAAAUCAGGGUGGGAAUCCUUCGAUCAGGUGCUGAUGCAUCUUUGUGGUGAUAUAUUCAAAGAUGGGAGAAGUACAUUUUUCAGCAUCUGUAAAAUCACAAUUUUACUUCUUCUGAAAAUUCAUCAGAUGGUAAAAAAGAGACAUUUCUAUCACAGACUAACCCUCCAUUGCUGUUUUAAUGUCCUGCUUCACUGUUGUAGGUUUACAGCUCCUGAGAGGAACUUUCCAUUUGUGUUGAUUUUGGCGCCCCCUGUGGUUAAAGCAGCUCAUCUUAUCUCUUAGCCAAUUCCUAACCUGCACAUGCCCAAUGUAGUGUUUCAAUUUAAAGUGACUAUUUUUCACUGUGGACAGGAAAAAGUCUGUUUUUGCAACAUGCUGCGGGUCCCUUCACUGAGUGAGGAUGUGAAAGUGAAAUGUUACUCACGCACAACAAGAAAGUCAGAAAAGUACCAGGAACUCCUCAUGAAAGCAUGAAUGACUGAAUCACAAGACCAAAACCCCCGUCCUCAUAAGUACGUGAACACAAAUGGCCACCCCUGAUCAUUUGUUCUUUUCAACUUAAUCACAGUUGUCUGGUUGUUUCACUGUUUGCCAUUUUUUUCCGUCUGGAGACGACGACCAAAGAUCUCCAUGUUUUGUUCACACACUUGCUGACACACUUCCUUUGAGCAGUGAAUCGGGCCUCCUCUAUCUCAGGAGACUGGGCCUCUUGGCAGACAGGAUUUCACAGUCAAAGUGUAGCUUACAACAGUAGCACCCCUGGUAAUUAGACGGUGUCACUGAGAGUCUUGGGAAAUAAAUUGGUGUUGAAAUUUGAAGCCAAAAUGUUGGUGCAGAAAGAUGAUGUAGUGAGCGUUAGAGCGGUUUGGUAACAGAAGUACAGUGAGCUGGUCAAGCUAAGUGAGGGUAUUUACCAUUUAAUAUUACUGCUGAUACCCAAGCAAAUGGGUGUACUGUAGGUUUAAAGGGAUAUUCCGGCGUAAAAUUAAGGGUCAAACACACUGUAACACCAAGUUAGACACCCCUUUGAGAGAUGAAUGUUGCCGACCGCUUGCUUCUCUAGUUAUACCAACUUUAGAAACGACAGCAGGAUAGUAAUACAGAGAGCCACACGCUCAACUAAAACGCCACUCUGUAACCACAAAUAAUGCCCAGAACAGCACCUAACUAUAUCAACAGUACAUAUAAGGUCCAUAGCCACAGCACUAGCCACCAAACAUCCUUUUAGCUUUGCCUAAUUUCUUUAGCAAAGAGACUAAACACAACUCACCUACUCUCUUCCAGCAUUGACUUCAGUGGGGUGACACAGCUCAAGGAAGAACAUUUAUGAUCAUUUCUUUAUCAUUUCCAUGAAUUAAUAAUCAUCAUAUUAAUCAUUUUGCACUGCAGACGCGGUAGGUCUUCUGCCUUAGUGUCUCGGUCUGAUUGCAUUUCCAUAAAGAAAUGAUCAUAAAUGUUCUUCCUUGAGCUGUGUCACCCCACUGUAGUCCGUAAUGGACUAGCCAGAGGUCUCGCUACAAACAAAUGGCUGCUGGAAGAGAGUAAGUGAGUUGUGUUUAGUCUCUUUGCGCAAGAAAUUAGGCAAAGCCAAAAAGAUGUUCGGUGUCUAUUACUAUGGAUGGGACCCUAUAUGUACUGUUGAUGAAGUUAGGUGCUGUUCUGAGCAUUAUUUGUGGCUAUAGAGUGGCGUUUUUGUUGAAGUUUGUGUGUGGCUCCUCAGACCGCUGUGUAUUGCUAUCGUGCGGUCAUUACUAAAGUUGGUAUAACUAGAGAGACAAGCAGUCAGCAACAUUCAUCUCUCGACAGGGUGUCUAACUCGGUGUUAAAAUUAAUUUUACUCUGGAAUAUCCCUUUAAACUAUGUGUAUAAGUAUUGUAGAGUCAGCAUUUCCAUCUUUGGGCUUCAUGAUGCCUCUCCUCUUUGGAAAACUACUGGGUGACUUCACUAUGACUACAUAGAGUUUAUACAGUCAAUCAAAAUAAGAACACCCCUGUGGUCUGUAGACGGCGAGUAAACCCAAAUACAGGUUUGGAGAUGAAUCAGCUCCAUGAGAUUUCAACCCCCUUACCCCCACAGGAAGUGCGCCCACCUGGAUCAAAUAUGUUUCACCUUGGCCCUCCUCCUAUCACCAGUGGGAACAUGCCCCUGGCUCAAGUGGACUCCAUUUCCCACAAGGCCUUUGGUACAGCUGCUCCUAUCCAUCCACCCAUUCCCUGAAAGCCUGGCCCCUCUGCUUCCCUUGUAUGGAGUGUUACAUCAUUGGCACAGACACCCACCUUUCUGAGUGAUGACGCAGCCGAGGGAGAGUGUAGGGAGGAGGAGGAAGAGGAAGAGGAGGAGGGGGAGGAAAAAAAAAGAGGAGGAGGAGGGGUGAGGGAGGAGAGAGGAGAGAGAGGAGAGGGUGUCCCGUCUGCGCGGAGCACAGACAGACAGCAGGGAACAGCUGCAGCGUUAGGUUCGCGUAGGAUUUCACUGCAUUGCGAUUUAAAAAUAUCAAUCAUUUCAUCCCCAAAACCCAAAGUAGAGCAGCUCGACAAAAAGCAACCAAACCUCGUGUAAAAAAUGGUCGAUCGCGAGCAGCUGGUGCAGAAAGCCAGGCUGGCUGAACAGGCUGAGAGAUAUGAUGAUAUGGCAGCUGCUAUGAAAUCGGUAAGUCCAUUCAAACUCAGAUGUGAGAUUUUCUGCUCAUGUAUGUGGAUGAUCAUGUGUUCCAGCUGCGCGCUCCGUGCGUAAAGGCGCUCCCGCAAUCUCGGCUGUGUUGGCUGUAAUUCUGCUCUUACACCGGCUUUAUAUCACUGCACAUCAAGUCGAAACCGAGGAGAAAAUACUGUGUGAUGUCUGUGUUGUCUUGUCGCCAAUCCAUCCACAGCUUAUCGCCAUUUCUCCCCCUUGUCGAGUCCAAAUCGUCUACUCAUUGGGCGGUGCCUUUUCUCGUUCAAUGAAGAGACAUUACAAUGAAACGCACACAGGCCUGAGCUUCAUCUCUCACAAUGAGAGCCUGAUGUCAUGUAAUGUCACAGCUCAGAGUACAUUUGCUGCUUUUUGUCCCCCUUUCUUUCUCAAACCAACCCCACCUCUCCUCCUUCUUCCAUAAUGCUGAAUUUCACCAAAGCUGCUGCUGUUUCUGCUGCUUGGAGCCAUGUGAGGUUGCUCGGAAAAAGCCCAUCUACUGCUCCUAUUUCCUCCCUCCCUCCUUCCUCCUCCCCCUCCUCUCUUUGUCACGUUUAUUUUAAAGAAUAUAAAUCAUAAAAAUCUGCUUUCUUGAGUUAUUUUAUGCAUGGCUGCCACAUAGAAAGAUGCCCCCAUAAAAUCAGAGCCUUAAACUGCUCUUUCCACUGAACAAACGUAGGAGGCAGUAGAAUCUCUCUAGAAUAUUCUUUGUCAUAUUGCAGUGAAGCAAUAUGAGCACAUUUGUGGGCUUUGUCUCCUCUUGUUCUCGGUGUGUGCAUGUGCUGCUCCUGUGUCGGAUCUGUCCUCGUAUUCAGACGAAUUGGACUCAUUUUGAGUAAAAGGAGCCGGAAAAUGUGUUAAAACAUCUGAUGCAAUGAGGAUGACAUGAGUGGCCCUCCUCUAGAUGAGCCUUCAAAGCUCUCAUUGGCCUCUGCUGAGGACAGAGCCUUUGUCUGCUUUUCUCUUUUUUUUUCUAAUCUGCCCUCUCAAGAAAUUCAGGGAGGUGGAUUCACUAACGGGUUAAAAAAAAACUGCUGUGUCACACCAGCUCAUACUGGAACCCAAAGCACCCUGGGAGUCUCACCCCGGGCCUGUGUGACACCUCACAUAUAGGUUGAAGUCGUCAUGCGUGCUUUAGAGGAACAUUUAGUCUUACGUUCCUUCAGGGGGGGAGAUGGAGUGAGAUUGUUUGUCAUCGAGGGUUUCUGGUUGCAGGAGGUGGGAUACUGUGUGUGUGUGUGUGUGCGUGUGUGUGUGUGUGUGGAGGGAUUCCUUUCCCUUUAAACAAUCUGCCAUGUCAGUGCGGUCCAAAGCGGGCCCUUUUUUGCAGGGGUGUGUACUCUCACUCUCUAAUCAAAGGGAAUCCCUUGCCAUUGCAGCCAGAAAUGACAACGACAAUGACACUAUUGGGGGGUGUAAUGACAUGCACCAAAUCAAGUUAGGACUAAUUCCACGGUCAGUGUAGAGGACUACAGCCUCUGUAAAUGUAGUGCCUGCUCUAUCACCUGAGCUAAACCUGAACCUGCAGCCCCCACCCCCCAAAAUAGGGAUAUCUUUAAAUCUUUUUCCAAUCUGACGUCCAAAACCUGAAUUUUUACAUUUGUGAUGCUGAAAAAAGAGACUUUAGCUUCAUGUUAUGCCAAAAAAAUGACGGAUUAAUCAAUUGAUCUCCUAAUUGAUUGAUAACCUUAACUCCUGAAGGCGUUAAUCUCUACUUAAAGAUCUAAAAUCCACAAAAAUUCAGUUAUUUAUAAAGACUUUUCCGCUUGUUUUAAACCAACAAGCAUUAAUAUUUGUCGUAUUAGCUUUCCAAGCAUUAUUACACUUCAGAGCGAUGACCUAAAAACAGCAGAAAUCAUCUCAGUUUCACUGUAAAUUUCAUCCAUGUGUGUCCCUACAUCUGUGUCACAGCGCUGAGCAAACAGAAGGAAGGUGCCCCCACCUCUCCGUCCGCUCUGUGAGUGAGUGAGUGAGCGAGUGUGAGAGCGACGCCGGUGAUCCUGCGCCAUCUUUGUGCUCCUCUAACCGAGCAGAAAAUGUCAAACCUGCAGGAUAAGAAGUGUCUGCACAUCAAGAGGGGAGCUUUUCAGAUUCAAAGCAGUUUAAGGGUUUGGUGAAAGCUGAGCAUGGCUUUCUUUUUCUGCGUAAGGUUCACUCGCGGUGCAGUUAUUGAUCCGUUAGAAACCAUCUUCCAACACAAGGCUGCCUUUCCUAUCAAAUAACUGUGGCUGAAAUGGUCUUUUUAUAGUAACACCGUCUAACCAGCUAUCAAACCGAUCCGUCAGGGUCUAAAUUUAACAGUCGUGCUCGGGGUGAUGUCACUUUGUGGCGCUUUAAACAGGUAAAAAGGUCAGUUUGAGCCGGAGAGAAGGUCACUGGGACAUGUGAACCCGCUGUGCAGUGAUGGUUUUCACUUACAGUGCAGCUGCCCCUGAAGGGCUCGUGGGAACAUUUCGCCAUCUCCGGUCCUCCUUUCACCCCACCUCUCCUCCCUCCUGCUGCCAAAGACCGUCUUGAAUAUGUCUCUCACGAACUAGCAUAAGCAGUCCACAUGGCGGCUGGUGAACUAAAUGAAUGGAUCGGCGUGGAAACCGUGAAAUGGGGAAAUAUGUAAAAGUUGAUCUAACGGACUCAUCAGUCGUUUUCUUGACCGUUAGUCGAUGCGUCUUUUCGAGGUUAUAGAAACGGGUAAAAAAGCUGAUUGUAGUUUUAAAAGAACCGAUUGUUGGUCCCUGAAUUUCAUCCUUUAACCUCACAGGAGGAGUCAAGGAAAAGAGAGAGAGAAGGCUCUGUCCAGUCUCUGUCCCUUGGUCGCCAUAUUGGAGCACUUUUCAAUAUGUCUUCCCAUAAUUGCUGUUUUUCUCCCAUCAGAUAGUCCAAAACUAAAAGCUGUCCUUUUCUGCAGUGAUGUACAACAAAGAUAAGCAGAUUAUUCUCACUCUCGAGAAGCUGGAACCAGAAAAUGAUUGGCCGAAAGACUCGCCAGUUCUUCAGUUUUGCCAGAUUUUCUUGGACGAAGCGUCCUAAUAGUCUCAUUUGUAUAAUGUUGAUGCAUCUGCUGAUGCUUGAGAUCUUGAGUUGGUGAUUAAACAGUCCUGUCCCUCCUUCUUUCAGGUGACAGAGCUGAACGAGGCCCUGUCCAACGAGGAGAGGAACCUCCUGUCUGUCGCCUACAAGAACGUAGUCGGGGCUCGCCGCUCCUCCUGGAGGGUGAUCUCCAGCAUUGAGCAGAAGACCUCGGCCGACGGUAAUGAGAAGAAGAUUGAGAUGGUGCGUGCCUACAGGGAGAAGAUUGAGAAGGAGCUGGAGGCCGUGUGCCAGGAUGUGCUCAACCUUCUGGACAACUUCCUGAUCAAGAACUGCAGCGAGACGCAGCACGAGAGCAAAGUCUUCUACCUGAAGAUGAAGGGCGACUACUACAGGUACCUGGCCGAGGUGGCCACGGGGGAGAAGAGGGCCACGGUGGUGGAGUCGUCGGAGAAGGCCUACAACGAGGCCCACGAGAUCAGCAAGGAGCACAUGCAGCCCACCCACCCCAUCCGCCUGGGCUUAGCUCUCAACUACUCUGUGUUUUACUACGAGAUCCAGAACGCCCCGGAGCAGGCUUGUCAUCUGGCCAAGACCGCCUUCGACGACGCCAUCGCCGAGCUUGACACCCUCAACGAGGACUCCUACAAAGACUCCACUCUCAUCAUGCAGCUGCUCCGAGACAACUUGACACUGUGGACAAGUGACCAGCAAGAUGACGAGGGAGGGGAGGGCAACAACUAAAGAAAAACCACACUUCGAAAAAAAAUAUAUAUGAAGGGCCGGUGGACUUUGGCAGCCGCUUUUGCCGAUGAAACUACCGCAGCAGCAGUUCUUUAUUUUUCCAUGUGUUAAAAGAAAAGAAUCAAAAGAGAGGUGAGAGUGGAGGUUAAAUCUUAGUUUAAAUAUAUAUAGAAAUAUAUAUACAGUUGAAAGGGGCCUCCGUCUUCUUGAUUUUCUCUUUGACAUUUGCCAAAACCACUGAAAUGUCAGUCAAUCAGCCUGAAGUGGUUGUUGUUGGAUUGAAAUGGCAGCCUCACACUGGCAUAGGAACUGAUCUUGUUCUGUCAAGAUAAGCUGCUUAGUUAGGUUUUUGCGUGAUAAGAGAUGCAUUUGAGUCACUUGAGAGAGAAAAUGCUUGAAUGGGAAUGCCUCACAAAAACUAGUUUGCAAUGGUUCCAGUCGUAGUCUAAAAAUGAGAAAAAGGGCCCUGAGAGCGAUCGAUCUUAAUCUCACACAAACGACGACAAAGUUUUAAACCGAUUAAUCUCCACCCGACAAAAAAAAAAAAAGAGUAAAAAUAGAGAAUGGAUUUUAUUGGAGGUAAAAUGAGGUCGGAUAAUAAUAAAAGAAGAAAAAAAAACCUGAUCCCCUACCUUCUGUCUAAAGUGUAUCUCUGGCAUCUCACAGAUUAGUCUGUUAUGUCACUGGAACCAUAGAUUCUUUUGGAGGUGAAGAUUAUAAAAGGCAGAGACUUAACGAUAUUAAACAAAACAAACAAAAAAAAAAAAGACAAAAAAAUAAAUAAAAGCAGCUUCAGAGUUUGUGGUUUACUUCUGUGUUUGUUUUAUUAAAUGCACUUGCCUACUAUACUGUUUCUUCAGUGUAAGAUGAUGACAACAAUAAUAUCGAUUAUUCAAUAUUGUGCAUGCUGGUGAUGUAUUUAUAUACAGUAGCUUGACUUUAUUAACUUAUACUGUGGGUGUUAAGUAUUCAUAUGAUUGAGAAAAACAGGCUUUGUCAAAUGUUGAUUUCUAAUUUCUAAUUUAUUUUUUUGUUAUGGUUUUUGAUUUGCUAUACCAAAAUGGUGAUCGUAAAAAUUGACCUGUAAUGGGCGUUGCUAUAGUGACAUGCAAUAUGUGUAUUUAAUUUGUUAAUGAAAGAAAAAAAAAGGAAGAUAAAAAACUCACCGGUGAUCACUUAAUCUUACCAGCUGGUGUUUGUAACAUUGAAGUAUGAUUAUGAUAUAUUUUUGUUCUUUGAACAGUAUUUAAGUACUUUUUUUUUUUUUGUCAUGCUAUCCAGUUUUAAUAAUGGUGACCUUUUCAGGCUCAAUGUUUCUGUUAUGAUUCACAAACAUGGACCAUAUUUUAUUUCUGACAGUAUACAUUUUUGUUUGUUCGUUUGUUUUUAUACAUUUUAGCUGUUCCUGAGUGACAAAAUAUCUUGAAUGUGAGUCAUUAUGUAGCAGUUGCACAAGAACCGAAAUAAUAGCUAUGAUAAUAAAAAAGAAUAUGACUAAAUUAUACAUGCACCAUAUCCGUGGUGGUCUAGUGUAUUGUUGUAUCGUCACCCAUGAAAGAGAAUUUUGUUUUUAAGGGAAAAACCAUUUCACAGGAAAUAAUGUUUGCUUUGUUUUGUGCUCAGAGUACAGUGCGUGCUUUCUUUUGGUGCCUGUUUUAUGAUUUCAAAAAUGCCUCAUUUGCAAUUUAACCGUCACAGAAAACAACAAAAAAAAAAGAUCUGCCAGUAUUUGAAAAAAACCUACAAGCAUGUGUACGAGAUGUAAGCGUUAUCCUGCAAUGGCUCCUCACUUUUAUGUGUGUACUGCUCUUUGUACAGCACACAGACAUGAAUAUUCAGCACUAAUGCACAAAUAGACUCAAGAAUUGGUCGUCGAUCAGCGAGAAUUCACACCCGCAGAAAACACUACGAAGCUGCUUAAGAGCACAGAUAGCUGCUGAACAGAUUUAACGUCAUACAUCUGCUGCUAUAGUUCUUCAUUAAUAUAUUCGUACAGAUGGCAGUUUUUAGGAGUUUUAUUUUUUAACUUGCAUGUGAUGGCAUAAAAGAGAGAGAGGAGAAACCAAAAGCCUUAAGGUCGGUCACACACAACCUCCUUUAUGUAUGCCAAUUAUGUCACCGUCAUGAGUCAGCCUCCAUGAGCUCUCACUGUAUGUCACAGCUGCUUUGAUUUAUUUUUAACGUGGUUUAAACUUGAUGGUCCUGAAGGCUCGCUCGAAUAAAAGCAUGAAAUCCUGAUGCCGCUCCGCACAGCUGCUCACACAGAUUAUUACAGAUAUCACGGAUGAAGUCAGAUCCUACACUUUGAUUUACUGAAGUUUUUCUUUUUUUGUGUGCUGGAGAAAAAGUGGAAAACUGAAUUUCUCUUUCACUUUUUUCUUUGAAUAUUUUGAAAAAAAAAAGAAAAGAAAAAAAGCCAUGUCAGCAGAUUUUCACUCAUUGCCAAGAAUACAUGCAUUGUGUUCCUUUUGAAUCAGUAUUAUUAUUAUUUUCACUGUGGUUUGUGUUUUUACGUUUUCACUGAUUUGGAUGUUAUUUUUUUUUAACAUGCAAAUAAAAGAAAUGAGGAGAUUAGAGUUCGAUUUAUGGAGGAGUUAGACUCAAGGACAUCUGACCUACUGGAAAUUAGCGAGCGGGGGUGGGGAUAGCUGAAAAUGGUUUACAAACUGUAUGCUCUGAGGAAUUUUUGUUGCCAUCUGUUGCCCAUUAAAGUUAUUUGUUUAUCGGUAUUAUCCUUUA